AUGAGCAUUUGUGAUUUGUGACGUGCUAAUUGAGGUAAUCACAUUAGUUACUAAAUCACAAUAUAAUUGCGUGACGUGUUAGCUAGAUGUAGAGUGUGGAUUGGUCAACGGAAAUAGAAAAUGAAAUGAACAUACUCUUAUUAUUAGUUGUGCUAAAUAUUGGUUUCAGUAAUCAAUUUUAAUAUUGAAGAGAUACAAUAUUUCUUCCCGGAAAAUCAUUUUGAAACGAUACAAUGUCAAAUAAUAACAGUAAGACAAAGCUUCUUGUUAACAGUGGAUCACUCACAGACUUACAACAGUUAAUCGGAUAUGAAUUGCACAUAUCUCUGAUAACUAUUUAUCUGAUGAUCUAAUAAGUAUUGUCCGAUUAAAUAUUCAAGUGCCUGGAUUUUAUUUCGGCAAAGAUAUCACCGGUAGUAAAAAAGACGGUAAGGCUGAAUCUAUAACGUUGUGAUACAAGUUGUUCAUGAAUAGGUACUGUAUGUCCAUACCACAACGCACUCUGCCUUCUUUAUAAUACUUAGAAAAGCAGUUUCACAAUUCGCUCAGUUUUCCUACAUCCAGUAUCCAUUUUUAUUCAUAAUUAAUUUAACUGAAGUAAAUAACCCAGGUGUAUUCCACAGAGGAUAGAAAGUUAAAGGUUACAAUAAAAAAUCUGACCAAAAAUCAAAAGAUUGAUCAUCAUAUUAAUAAUCCCGCUUGAUCGCCCUCACCAACCUUUACGCUUCUCUCCUUAGGACGCAAAUUCUGUUGUGAACAUUAAUUAUGUCACUGCAUGGGCGUUUUUAGAAUGUGCUUUGCUUUCACUUGGUGGGUAGUUUAUCUCUAGGUGCUUGUCCCAUCAGGUGCUAAUUUAUUGAAUUGAGUUCUCUGGGCUGCUGUUCACGGCGCGCCUGUUCACGUUUCUUGUCCCGCCCACUGCCGCAAGGCCGAGCUGCGAUUGGCUACAAGGAACACCUUCCGUGUGAGGCUGUGGCGCGCGGUCUGAGACCGCUGCGGCGCAGUUUGUUUUUGGGAGGCACAGCGGCAGCAGAGGAAUGUAUUAAACUUGAGCUUUUGGGACCUGUGAUUGCGGUGAUGGUUCCACGGUAAUGUUUGUCAUCGACGUUUUUCGCUAGAAAUUUAAUUGGUCCGAUGCUUAGGCAACCAUGACAAGACUUUCUCUAAAUAAUGAAGUGGAAGCAAAUUCAAGAAGAAACAUUUUUGAAUUGUUCACCCACCGCGUCAGUGCAGAGUUGGGCCCCCUGCACCCGCACUGGUUUGAGGAUCUCACCGCUGAGGCGACAGCCCUGGGCGCAGUGGAGGAUGGGAAUGGAGUGUGCAGGAGCUCCGUGUCCCACUGCGUCCCGGGCAGCUGUUCCGGCUCGCCGAUGGAGAGGGCAGAGGUGCACAGCCAGGCGGCCUCCACGCCGAAGAUUCUCGGGGAGCAGGGCUUUCGGUCCCCCGAAGCAUUAACCCCCGAGCAGAGGCCUGUCUCGCAGGCGAGAGCUGGUGGGUUUGGGACUGCUGAAGUGUCUAAAAGAGAGCCUUGGUUCGAUUCCAGCCCCGGUUUAUUUGGAUUGUCAAAGGACAGCCCAGAAAUAAGUCAUUUUUACAGAAGACCUCUUCCUACAGAAAAUUAUGUUGGAGACUUAUUUGACACACCAAAGGGCUAUGUGGAUUUCUCCAAAAAGCGCAUUUCAGAAAGCCUUGGAGCUCAAGUGGACCCCGAUAUGUCAUGGAGUAGCUCCCUGAACACCCCCCCAGCUAUUACACCAACGCUUAUACUAUCCAAGACAGAAGAGAAAAGUUGCCCCAAAGGGCUGUCUGCGCAGAAAAGUGGCAUCAUUGUGCGCAAACUCUUUCCUUCAGUGGCCAAGGAGACUGAUCUUAAAUUAGGUGAGCUUGCAUCGGAAAAUGACGAUUCCACAAGAGCUCAACUACCAGAUGUGAACAAUGAGACGGAUGAUCCCGUGCUAAAGAAUGGCAGCUUUCAAGAUGAAUUAGCGGAUGAGAUGAGUAGUCCUUGGAAGCAAACAUUGCCAGAUGCCCUUCAAGACCCAGAAGUGCGGAAAGUAGUGGCUAGCGUGCUGGAUGGAGCUGAAGAUGUCCUGUCUGUCUUUUUCAGCAGCAGCUCAUCAGUAAGGAGGGCUAAAACCAAAGACGGAGACAGAGGGACACCGGACACCAGUCCUGUCAAGGACUGUUCAUUGAUGGCACCCCCAGCACUUGUACCUGGCCCUAGUAAUAAAGUUCAGAAUUCUGAACUGGCCAGAGAAAAGGACAAAACUGAAAAACCGACACAUUCCUCUAUCCCAGUUGUUGAGUCAGAAGCUCAGCCAGAAAUCACGGACUGCGGGAAUUCACAGUGGUCUCAGAUCAGCUUUCCCGAUAUUUCUGACAGUCAGCUGGUCUGUCUUGCCGUAUCUCAGUCCUCAAAGAACGACCCAGCAUCCUUAAAGGGUCCAAGGAGAAGCAGUCCAGCGGGAUCUCUGUUACUGGAGCCUUCACCAGGAGGCUGUUUAGCAUUGUCUUCUAGCACAAAAAAGCCCAGGAAGUUUGUGUACUCUUUGCAAGGCUGUCCCCUCUCCGGUGAACCAAAAUGUAUUGCAAAGCAAAAGAGUGUAGGAAACUUGCAACCUGUUGUUUCCCAUUCAGGAACCUUACGGAAUGAGACGGCUGGAAGCGCAACCCCUUCCAGUGAAAGAGCUAUGGCUGAAAAGAAAACAGAUUGCUCGCAGUCAGCUAAGGAGUAUGGGCUGUCACAACUUUCCACAAUCUUUGCAGAUAAUUUUAGUCAGGAACUAAAUGAUUGUAUGACCCCUUCCAAUAGUGUAGGUCCUGCUUACAAUGACAUUCUAAAGCAAAAACCAGCAAAAACUUGUAGUGCUACACUCGGGCAGGGGAACAAAAAGAUAGCGAUAAAUCAUUUGCAAAAUAAUUAUGCGCCUAAAGCAAGCUGUGCAGCAUUGAACAGCCAACAGCAGUUGUCAGACCUUACUGUUGUACAAGAAAGCAACCUUGUAAGACCUUCCCAGGUUGCAAGCAGAAUCAGUGAUUUGCCUCAAGAAUUAAACAACAGUAAGGAUAUAUCUGAUCAUUUAAAUGGAACACUUAAAAGCCCAAAGCAAAGUUACCAACCUACCAAAUCAUCAAGGGAUGUAUCCUUUUCAAAUGAAGAGUCUGAGAAUUGUUUGCAGCUUGGUUUUAGAACAGCAAGCAAUAAAACUAUUUCUCUUUCCCAUGAGGCAAUAGAGAAGGCAAAAGCCAUUCUAGAUGAGACGUACGAAAAUGAUAUGAGUAACACCUCUCCUAAGAAAAAGAGUUUAUGGCAUUCACAGCACCAAACAUUAUACAAAGAAAAUGUUUCUUCUAUCUCAGACACUGCCAAGGAUUUUGUAGGUCCUGCAGUUACUCAUGUUACCACAGAAAGUGCAAAAAUCUUGCAACAGGAUAAGAUUUCCAAGAACCCAGAGAGCACUACAGACACGAUGAAACACGAUUGGAUGCAAGAUGGUGCUCUUGACAGGGGGUGCAAUACCUUUGCUAUUAGCAGAUCUUCAAAGUUAAGUUUUCCGGGCUUUAAAACUGCCUCUGAAAAUCCUAUACAAGUGUCCUCAGGAAACCUUGAGCGAGCCAGGUGUUUGUUUGAGGAUGUGGAUGAAAAGCUUCUGCAGAAAUGUAUCUCUAGUGGCUGUGUUGAUGUAGAGGAUGACAGAGAAACUGCAGUUGAAAUUCUGCAGACAGGGCCCGCUGUAAAACCCUUCUGUACAGGAUCACCUUCUGGACAGCUGUCUUGCCAGAAAAUGCCAGACACUUACAGCUCUUUGACAGAAAGUCAAAGGGCAGAUGUUAUUGAACUGUGCAAUAUCCUAGAAGAAGCUGACACCCAAUACGAAUUCACACAGUUCAAACUUUAUAAGGAAACUUCAGCUGGUACUGAGGAUGUGCUAUUUCGUGAGUCACAUGAUAAAGAUACAGAACAUGCCCCAGCACUUGUGUCAGAUAUGUUAACAGUCAUCAGUUGUGAUGGCAAUGGAAACACUGACUCCAAUAGAGAAAUACAGAAACUGCAGCUGAUGAAAAAUGACACAUCCGAUAAGGCAGAGGAACAAUGUAACGGAAACGAAGAAAAGGGGGGAAAUGUAUCCAUUUCGAUCUGUAAUUCCAUGGGAACUAGAGAUAAUGAAUUAGUGGAAAAGAAUUUAGCAAACAUGGAUAUGAUGAUGACUCUUGAUCAAGAAUCCUCAGAAUCAGCUCUGGCCACUGGUUGUACUUCCAGUUUGGCACGGUUUGAAGGCUUUUGCUCGGCUAGAGGGGUGAAAAUCGAAAUAUCUAAAGAGAGUCUAAAAAAGGCAUCACAGCUCCUUGAUUUAGAUGUUGGUUGUGUGCAAUCACAGGACUCCUUAGGUUUAAAGUCUCCAAUUCCCUUUUUGGAUUUUCAGGGUAAAACUGCUAUCAGAACGACACAUUAUAGUAGGCGUCCUAAUGUGAACACAUGCAACCAAACUGAAGCACAGUUUUAUACUGAGAGAGCUAGUGGAGUCUCUCAGUCUAGUGGUAAGAAUCUCAGCCAUGACGAUGGGACCAGGGAAAAGCUGUUUCAAGCAGGUAAUGGUUCCUCAUCAAAUAGCAAAAGCUUUUCCAAUCUUGAACAACAACUGUCUUGUGGAGAGUCUGAAGAACAAUUGAGAUUUGAAAAGCCUAAGGCUUUGGACCCUUUUCCCUUCAAGGGUAGUGGUCUGGAGACUAGGAAAAGCUCUGAAAGCCCCAGGAACAAUCAGUCAGAAGGUGUUUUGCAGCCUUUGCAGUUUUCAUUUCAGUUGGAGGAUGAUGUGGAUAAAAAAUUACAGACUCCCCAAGAGCAGAUAGGAGAUGGAAAGGAUUCUUAUCGGUCCACAAGUGGGAAGAGGGUUAGGUUCCAGGAACAAUCUUUUGCCAAAGUGCCAGCUGUGUCUUCAAAUGCUCAUGGAUUCAAAGCCAACCUGGGUUUCCAGACUGCCAGAGGAACUGCUGUAAGAAUUUCCGAAAAGUUUUUGAAAAAAGCAAAGGACAUGUUUUCUGAUUUAGAGGAGAAGACGGAAAGUGGGGAAGAAUGUCCUGAAACAUCUAGGACUGGAACUAAGGAAUAUUUUGGAAUUUCCGAAGCCAGUAAAUCCAGUGGUAAAUUCAGCAUAACUAGAGGGAAAAGAGCUUCUGUUUAUGAGGAAGGACUUGAGGGAUUUAAAAGUAUAAUAGGAGACAAUAAGGGGAUAUCAGUUCUGGAAAAGCAUGCAAAAAGUGAAGGAGAAAGUUCAAGACCUGCAAACAAAUGUGUUGGAACUGUGAACAACAAUUCAAGGUUUAGCACAGCCAGUGGGAAGAAUAUUUUUGUAUCUGAAAAAGCAAUAAAGGAGGCUAAAGCAGUGUUUAAAGAAUGUGAUGAAAUUGCAAUGCUCGAAUGUGCAACUGAUAGGGAAUCAGAAGUGAAAAAUGUUUCAACUGGAUUCCCUCUGGGAGAAGACGGGUGGAUCUUUAGCACAGGUAGUGGUAAGGAGGUUUCUAUGUCUAAAGAUAGUCUUCAGGAAGGUGUGACUUCACAUGAGUGUGAUAAGACUGAGACUGUAGAACCUGUGGCAAAAGAUUAUAAGAAUUUUCAAGGGAAAGGUACAGUUUAUGGCAUACAAAUGUCUGUUUCUGAAAAGGCCCUUCAUAAGGAUAGGACUGUGCUAGAAGAAUGUGAUGGCAAUCCAGAUAGUGAUGUCAGUGUAGAAACAGGAGAGACUGUGAAAUUGGAAAACGGUGUUGUCCAGAAAAAUGUUGGAAAAUUCAGUUGUGGUUUCCGUACGGCCAGGGGCAACAAGGUUUCUGUGUCUGAAAAGGCUCUUCAAGAGGCUAGGAAUUUGCUAAAUGAGUUUAAUGAAAUUGAAAAUACAAAGCGCGAUGUAAAAGCUACAAGUUCUGCUGAGAAUCUUCAAGUGAAAAGUAGCUGUGGCUUCAGUACAGCUAGUGGUACAAGGAUUCCUGUGUCUGAAAAAGCUCUUCAGAAAGCUAAGACUGUGCUAAAAGAAUACGACGACACUCCAGAUAGUGAUGUCAGUGCAGAAAUAAAAGGAGAAACCGUAAAAAUCAAAAACAGUGUUGCCCAGAAAAAUAUUGAAAAAGUCAGUUGUGGUUUCAGCACAGCCGGUGGAAAAAAGGUUUCUGUGUCUGAAAAGGCUCUUCAGGAGGCCAGGAAUUUGCUAAAUGAGUUUAAUGAAAUUGAAAAUACAAACUCUGAUGUAAAAGCUACAAGUUCUGCUGAGAAUCUUCAAGUGAAAAGUAGCUGUGGCUUCAGUACAGCUAGUGGCGCAAGGAUUCCUGUGUCUGAAAAAGGUCUUCAAAAAGCUAAGACUGUGCUAAAAGAAUAUGAUGACACUCCAGAUAGCAAUGUCGGUGCAGAAAUUAAAGGAGAAACUGUGCGACGAAAAAGUAGUAUUGUCCAGAAUAAUCUAGGAAAAGUCAGUUGUGGUUUCAGCACUGCUAGCGGCAAGACUGUUUCCGUUUGUGAGAAGGCCCUUCAGAAUGCCAAAGCAAAGCUUGAGAACUACAGUGAAGAUGAAAACAAUGACCCCAAUACUAGCUCUCCAGCCCUCUGUGUGAAGGACAUACAUGGAAAACAAAGGGAGGAGCCGAGUUCAGAAUGUACAGAAUCUUACAAGAAUAGGAAAACUCUUACAGGGCCGACCACUUUAAAGACAUCCACGAAAGAAUUGGACUCUUCUACAAGGGCUGACUCAUCAGCUGCAUUUGUAUUGGAGGGUGGAAAAGGAAAGUUAGAAACCAUUCAAGAAGGGGCUUCUCUCCUCAACUUUAAUUCUCACAACUUUGGGGACUGCACAGACACUCAGCAAAGGUACUUGGAGCAGGAGGCCAUGGAAUCUACCAAGGCUUUUUUGGAAGAUGAGGAUCUCACUGAGGAGAGCUUUCAGGAGUCUCUGAAGACGAAUAGUCUUCCUCGUGUUCCAGACCCGCAAGACUCUUUGGAAAAGGGCUUUAGAGGUGGAAAAAGACUUCGACCCCAAGAUCUUGAUUUAAAAGAGGAACCUCCUCUUAAAAGGCAGCUCUUGGCAGAAUUUGACAGGACCUUGGAUCGUUUCAAACACCCUGCGCUCAAGCCUUGUAAAACCUGCCCAAACAGUGUUCUAACAGACCGAGGACAGGGCAGAUAUAGCAUCCCCCUAGAAAGUAUGAUUUCUCUUCCCUUCGGCGAUAAAAAGAGAGUUUGGGACAUCACCCAGGUGCUGAAGAGAGCAGAGCCGCAGAAAGCUCGCCCGGGCUUGGAAUCCCGAGAAGCAAAGGUCAAAACCGGGAUCUUUGUGCCGCCAUUUCAAAAGCGCUCGAGCUCCGGGUCGCAGAAGGGCAGCGCGCCACCUGAGCCAAGCAGACCUCCCAGUGUUUUUGUUCCUCCCUUUAAAAAGGCACCGAGCUCCCUUAAAGACGCGGAAGAAGUGCAGCUGGAGAGGCUGGUUCAGACGGCCCCUAAAUCCACCCCCUUGCGUGAGACUGGCGAAGGGUGCAGUCCGUCUGUCCCUCCUUGUGAAACGGAGCAGGCUGUUACCAGAGACUCUGGACAUAACGAAAGUGCAGCCAGCCGGGAGUUAGGAGACGGCAGCACACCCUUAUCCCACCCAAGCGAUAGUGUCCGGAGACAGGAAGUAGCCAUACUCAGUGUGAGGAGUGUGGAUUCUGGGAGGCCAGAGAGCCCCUGCUCCGGGCAAGCAGUGUCUUCCCCUGAAGAACACAACGCCAGUAGUUCAGAUCAUCUAAUGAUUCAGAAUCUGGACUUCGCCCGAGGCAUGCAAGAAAUGAGGAUUCGGAAAAAAAAGCGGCAAACCAUUAGGCCUCUUCCGGGGAGCCUGUGCCUGACGAAGACCUCCGGGGUGUCCAGAGUGUCGCUCCGCGCUGCGGUGGGAGGAAAGAGCCCCGCUCAGCACACACAGCAGCAGUUGUACGUGUGUGGGGUCAAUAGGUGUGUGUUGGAGAUAAGCAGUGAAAACGCUGAGUCGUUCAGGUUCAGCUGCAGAGAUCACUUUGGAAUCGAGUUCUUCUCGGCUGGUAAUGGGGUGCAGCUUGCUGAUGGAGGCUGCCUUAUACCUGACAACAAAGGCACAGCAGGGAAAGAAGAGUUUUACAGGGCUUUGUGCGACACGCCAGGCGUGGACCCCAAACUGAUCAGCGAGAGCUGGGUUUACAAUCACUACCGGUGGAUCGUGUGGAAGAGGGCAGCCAUGGAAAGAGCCUUUCCGCUGGAGAUGGGAAGCCGAUGUCUAACUCCUGAGCAGGUUCUCCUUCAGCUGAAAUACAGGUAUGACUUGGAAAUUGAUAACAGCCAGAGGUCGGCCCUCAGGAAGAUCAUGGAAAGGGAUGACACACCUGCGAAAACCCUGGUGCUCUGCGUCUGCAGAAUCGUCUCGAUGGGGUCACUCCAGGCGCACGAUACGCCUGGAAACAAAGCCCUGCCGUACGCCAAGGCCAAGACAGACGGGCCGGUGGGGGUCAUUGAAGUCACCGAUGGGUGGUACGCCAUUAAGGCCUUGCUAGACGCCCCGCUCACAGCCAUUCUGCGGAAAGGAAGACUCGCUGUCGGUGGCAAAAUCGUGACUCAUGGAGCUGAUCUUAUAGGCUGUCAGGACGCCUGCUCGCCCCUGGAGGCACCUGAGGCCCUCAUGCUGAAGAUUUGUGCCAACAGCACUAGACUAGCCCGCUGGGAUACCAAGCUUGGUUUUCACCGAGACCCCCGUCCCUUCCAUGUCCCGCUGUCCUCCCUCUUCAGUAAUGGCGGUAGAGUGGGAUGUGUUGAUGUAGUGGUGCUCAGAACUUACCCGAUACAGUGGAUGGAAAAGAAGGCAGAUGGAGUCUUUGUGUUUCGUGGUGAUCGUGCUGAAGAAAGAGAGGCUCGAAGGCACAACGAAAACAAGCAGAAAACUAUGGAAGCUUUAUUUGCUAAGAUUCAGUCUGAAUUUGAGAAGGAGCAAGAAGCAGAAACAAGUGAAAUCAGGAACAGAAGGCAGAGGUUUAGUCAUCAGGAGAUCCAAGCACUGCAGGAGGGCGAGGAGCUUUAUGAGGCCACUGAAAGUGAUCCAGUAUGCCUUGAGGCUUGUUUAAGUGAGCAGCAGCUGAUGACACUGAACAACUACCGACGGGCUCUGAAUGAGAGAAAACAGACAAAACUGCAGGAGGAGUUUCAAAAAGCCAUACGGUCAGCCCAGGACAGGGAGAACAGCUGUCCUGAAAGAGAUGUCACUCCUGUGUGGAAAUUAUUAGUUGUUGACUGUAAGAAUCUGCAAAAUAACACUGCUUACUUUUUGAAUAUCUGGCGCCCGUCUACGGAAGUCUGUUCCCUGCUGAAAGAAGGCUGCAGGUACAAGAUAUACCAGCUGGCAACAUCUGAGACCAAGAGGCGUAUCGGCAACGCAGCAGUUCAGCUCACAGCUAUGAAGAAAACACAGUUUGAGCAGUUGCAGGUACCCCCGGAAUUGCUGUGUCAGCUGUAUGCAUCCAGAGAGGCCGUUAGUUUCAGGAGCUUGUUGAGUCCGCGGUUCCAGCCUGUUUGUGGAGAGGUGGAUUUGGUGGGUUAUGUCAUCUCCAUUACAGGAAAGCAAGGUGGUGCUCCAGUGGUGUACCUGGUCAAUGAGAACCGGGAUUUUGUGGCGGUGAAGUGCUGGGUCGGCCUGAGCCAGCUGGCAUUGGAGGAUAUUGUACAGCCACGCGCCCUGCUUGCAGUGAGCAACGUGCAAGCGCGACCCAGCCCAGCUGCAGCUGUCCCCACUGCCUAUGCUGCAGAGCUUUCAGUCUUCUCCGCAAACCCUAAAGAAACGCAUCUGCAAGCGGCUUGCACCCUGCUGAGGAGCGCGGCCCAGGGUAUUGAAUGCUUUUUUGAGGCCGCUGAAGAGAAGCUCAGCAAGUUAAUCAAAGAAGACUUCCCAUGUCAGUCGCUAAAAGACCUCAGUUCCAUCCCCAAAACGCCUAUUAUGAAGCCCGAUGUACAACGGGAGAGCAGCAAUCUUGUCCCGGGAAGAUCUCCACAGCAGUCACUCUGUGCUUUUGAGCACCUGACUCCCACAUGUGGCAAACCACCCCUGCACGCUGGCCGCUCGGACGACAAGGGCCCUAAAAGCUUGAAGAGGAAGAGGGGCCUAAUCUAUCUGUCCCGAAUCCCGUCCCCUCCCCCGCUCGCCCCACUGAGGAGCCCCUGUGUGAACAAGACCUUCCAGCCCCCGAGGAGGUGCGCGAGCCCCCUGGCGGCGGCGAGGGGGAAAGAGGAGUGCCGAAGUCCGGGCCCGGCGCCGGAGGCGGGGGGCGAGUGGGUGAAGGACGAGGAGCUGGCGCAGAUCAACACCCAGGACCUGCUCGCCGGCUCGGGGGACGACGCCAGGGGCGAGGGGGGAGGGAAAGACGCCCUGUGAGAAUGAGGCGCUGGGGGAGCCAAAGAGACUGGACCAGGGGUACGACGCGACUGGAGCGAAGAGCGGCGCCUUUUUUCUUCAAAAUGGACUUGGACGCGGCCGUGGGAACAACAUAAGGCCAAAAAGACACUAGCAUGCAGGAGGCUCCACAGAAGAGGGCAGGACAGUCAAGCCACUGCUGCUUUUAAUCCACAUACUUCACAGUUCUGUGUGUAUUGUGCUCCAUGAAUAGUUUCUGGUUUAUUUCACAUUAAAUGUCAUGUGUUCUGUGAAGUUCUUCUUUGGUUUUUUAUUCCCAAAUAAAUAAACCUGCGCCAGG